GUAUAUUUCAGACCAACCAAUGACAGGUUCGCACGUCUUCUAUUUCCCAGCAUGCCUUGUGUCAUAAAAUUACACCCGCGGAAAGUCUCAAGAUUGUAAAUCCUUCAGUAAGAGAUUCAAAUGACCUCAAACAGUAGGCCUAACUGUGCUGCUAUUCUAAAAGAUGUUGUUGCCUACGUUGAUGUGUGGUCAUCAAGUAAAACAGAGAAUUACUCUAAACCAUUCAUCCAGCAGUUGCAGGAUAUGGGAGUUGAGGUAUCAAAAACCUUCAAUAAACAAGUCACCCACGUAGUCUUUAAAAAUGGCCAUCAAGCCACCUGGAAUAAAGCCAAGAAGACUGGUGUGAAACUUGUGUCUGUCCUUUGGGUGGCCAGAUGUAAAGAUGAUGGUGAACAUGUUAAUGAAGAGUUGUGUCCGGCAUUAAAUGAUGAAGUUAAUUCAGCACUCAAGAAAAGGGUGCAUCGUUGUAUGCAGCCAAGAGACACCCCUCAGAGGACCCCUGAGAAUGACAGGCACUUGAAAAAAAAACUGGACAAGAUGAUCAAAGACCUAGUGCCAAAAUCACCUCUUAUUACAGAUGUGUCCCCUUACAUUAUCGAUGAAGAGAACGGAAUAGUUUACAGUCCUUCUAUGAAAAGGUCUGAGUCCAUGGCACAGCGCCUGAAAGAAAUGAGAGAAAAAAGGGAAAACCUCUCCCCGACAGCUUCACAGAUAAAAUCUAGGUUAUCACCUGAGCUCAAGCCUCCUCUUGGGAAUACACCAUCCCGCUCUUUUUUGCAACAACUGUAUGAAGAACCGGAUGAGGAUUUUAAUGCAUCUGUUGGCUCAAAUAAGACAGAUGGAGAGAAGCAACAUUUUGACACCAUUGAAAUGCAGCACAAGAAAGACUUUCAGAAACCUUCGAUGUCACCUUGCAGUGUUGUGCCGAGACAAAAGACAAGUCCGUUAUCCAAUUCACCGGCUAAAGAAAAAGCAAAUAAACAAGACAAAAAUCCUAAAAGGACCUCAAUCAAAAGUGAUGGCAUCAAGAAACACAGGUCUUUAGAGAGUCCAUGCCUGGAUGACCUCCCGGAGGGUAGCAAGAGUGUGCAAUCAGUGUUUACGUUUGACAGUUUUGUAGUGGGAAAAAAUAGACGAUCAACCAGCAGAAGUAACAUGUCAAAAGUCACACCACCUGUUAGGAAAAGCAGAACACCACAGUCUCUUCCAGAAAGUAAGCCAACUGUUAAUCUGGACAUUUCUAGUCGCCGUUCUUCUACAAUUUUACCAGACAACCCCAAUGUGCCUAAUUCAACGUCCGUAAAGAUGACCACACUGAAAUCAAAAGUGAGCCAACGGAGAAAAUCAUUGCUUCCUGCUUUGGCAAGAUCUUGCACUGUCUCAAAUGACUCUCAUGCCUCCUCCUGUGCAUAUGAUGAUGAUGAUGAUGAUGAUGGCGUAUUUGAGGACUUCUUCUCUCCAGCUAACAACCCGCGGAGACAACAAAGUCUCCUUUUGCCCCGCUUGCCCUCAGAGUCACAUGUUCUUGUUCCCUUUGAACUGGAGCCUCAGCCUAGCCCUGGGAAGCGGAAGAGGGGCAAGAGUGAAACCACAGGGUCUGAGUCGGCCAGUGCCAAAAAGAGAAAACAUGGGGUGCCAAGUGUAAAAGAGUCCAGCAGUGUAAGCAGCAUGUUGUCUCAACACGAGCACCCACACCAGGAUACAAAAGGACUUGCAUCCUCAGAGGACAGUAAUACAAAACAAACGGUGACUAAAAGAAGUGCACAAAGCAUAUUGCCAUUCUCCAGAGUGCCUAAAGACUCCACCGAUGAACUGACUUGUGCCCCUGAGAAGCAGAUCGCGUCAACAGAUCCCACACAACUUUCAAAACCAAAUUUGACAGCGGCCAAAAAAUCACUAGAUAAGCAAAACAGUUCAUAUAUCCUACCUCGGCACAAGGAGAAUGAAGGGAAAAGUAGUCCACGUUUGGAAAUUGUAGGCAGAGGAACUGCAUAUGCUGCAACAGCUGGUGUCACGGACACAAUUUCUGACAAUUUAAGCAAACAGAAAGGACAAGUCAAUGUGGUGGAGAAGAGCAUGGACAAAAAUACAAAGACUCUAAGGACGUUAGUUAUGACAAGCAUGCCCACCGAAAAGCAGCACACAGUGACCCAGGUGGUCAGAGCUCUGGGUGGGUUCUCAGUGGUGGCCCAGGUGUGUGAGAGCACUACCCACGUGGUGUCAGGGGGCCACCGGCGGACCCUCAACAUUCUCCUGGGCAUUGCCCGUGGCUGUUGGAUCCUCUCUUUUGAAUGGAUUUUGUGGUGUUUGGAGCAAAGACAAUGGAUUCCAGAAGAACCAUAUGAACUUUCAGAUCAGUUUCCAGCAGCAUCUUUUUUCAAGUGAAGGUCAAAGGAAUGCGAGCACACUCUUUCACCUAGCCCAACCGAAGAAUGCGGAAGCCUUUUGAGUGACAGUUUUGUACUUUGAGAAAAUGAUCAACAUAGCCAAAGGUCUUAUAUUCCAAAGGUCCUUUAGUCUUGUCCGCUUUUAGGUAUAUUCUGUCUAUUUCUAAGCAUCAGUUCCUAUUACAAUGCAUUGACCAUCAUCAUAUAGGCCUACAUACUAACCAACAUACUCCGUUAUUGAUGCGAUCCAUGAAUGCAUUGCAUUUGCCUUCUACUCACUCUCUCUUUAGUCCCAGCACACACAAGAAGCUGAACUACAGGAAGUGAAGUAAUGUAAUAGAAUGUGAAGGAAAUGCGGCAUGUUUUAGUCAGAUGACCACAGAGGAAGGCUGUUCAUUCCAGAAACACAGAACAUGGAAUGGUUCAGGUGUUCUGGUUGAAUCGCUACACCAUUAGAUGUGUGGGUGUGGAUGUUUGUCUGUCAGUUGUUUCAUGUCGGGAGGAAGAGCAUCAGGGGGAAGGAAGUGUCACACAAUGACCUAGCCUCUUUUUUUUGCCGGAAUUGACAUUCAAAACCCAAUCUGCUUCAUGCCCCUUUGUGGAUGCUACAAGGCUCUAUAGACACAAUAGGCUACAUCUGGUGUAUAGUGUAGAGCAGUGGUUCCCAAAUGUUUUAUUGUCCCGUACCCCUUCAAACAUU